AUGGAAGUCGACUAUGAGCCACUCACGGAGGGAGGGUCGAUGCGCGGUCCGGAACCCCAGCAAGCGGAAGCCAGCUUCAUUUCGGCAUCCAACUCUGGAGAAAAUGCAUUCCCGCCAAAAACGAUUCAAGAGGAUUGCCUCCCGUUGUGCCGUCCCACGCGAUAUGACGGGCGCCGAGAUGUAGAGGCUUUAGAGGAGUUUCUCAAUUCCCUAGACCUAUCCCUCCGCCUUCAAAAUGCCCCAGAAGACUUCCAACUCCUCCUGGCCUCUUCUUUGUUUAUCCCGGCGUCCGCAAGGGAGCAGGCUAUGGCGGAACUGAGAAACCUUAAACAGGGAAAACUGUCAGUAGAGCGCUACGUUGAGAAAUACCAGUCCUUGGUGAACGGAAGUCCUAUGGUGGCCGCGGAGCUCCACUAUCAAUGGUUUAUGGCGGGGCUGGAACCCGUAGUAAGGCAAACAGUGACUGGCUGGGCCACGGACAGGGAAAUGAGGGACGAAAAAGUGGAACUCGCUGACAUGAUGAAAUACCUCCGCAGAAUGGAAAAGAAAAACGCCACACCCACAGCCUUAGCUGAAAAGGAAGAAAGCGGGCCUGGGAACAACCCCGAUUUGGAACCAAUGGAUAUUGGGGCUGUGAACACCAAGCCAGCUAAACACGGGGCUAGGAGCGGCUACCAUGGCAGGCAGGAUACUAGAACCGGCAAAACUAUGGGCGUAAAACGCUCCAUCAGCUCCAAAACAGGGCACAUUCCUAUGAGUAGGGACUUCUACGUUGGACCUGUUCACCACGACAUAAUCCUAGGCAUGCCGUGGGUGACCCAGUGGAAGGCGCAAAUGAGUUCCUCUGAUGGUGCCAUAGAGGUCAUUCCGCCUGGAAGUGAUGAGAGAGUGCAUCUCUCAGCGCUUCCAACGGCAUUUGCAUCCUCUAUGGUUUGA